AUGAAGAAAAAUUUGUCGAUUGAAAUUAACGAGAUCAGGAUGGAUGAAGCUGAAAUCACUGCCAACAAAAACGCGAUGGAAGUUCUCUCCUUCUGGAGCCUGUUUCGCUCUCCUUGUCCCGUCAAAAUUUCUGGUUUCCACAAGACCAGGUGCAUGGGCGAUGAAUUAUCCAAGCUUCCUAUGGACAAUCACUUGGAUGUCAGAUUUAGAUCAUUUUCUGCCAAAAGAUUUCCAAGAAGGCUGUUUUCACAGUUCAUUGGUCUGUAUCCCAUCUUGUUUUAUGCACAUCCUAGUUUUGGUGCACCAAUGAUGGACAUGCAAGAGCCUGAAAUAGUUCGGACGCUAAAGCUUGACAGUGGAGUUAGGAUUCAAGAAGUCCUCGAGGGAGAUGGAGCAGAAGCACAUGAAGGAGACUUGGUGGAGAUCAAUUAUGUCUGCAGGCGUUCAAAUGGAUAUUUUGUUCAUAGCACGGUAGAUCAAUUCAGUGGAGAAAGCACACCAGUAAUCCUGCCUUUGAAAGAAAACCAGAUAAUAGAGGGCUUGAAAGAGGUGCUGAUUGGCAUGAGAGUUGGAGGAAAAAGAAGAGCACUUAUACCUCCUUCUGUGGGUUACAUAAAUGAGAAUUUGAACCCAAUUCCUGAAGAGUUUGGUCCUCGACGCAGUCUUUUAUCGCAUCAUAACGAGCCCUUGAUAUUUGAGGUGCAACUUUUGAAAGUACUAUGAGUUUCAUCCUCUGUCAAUAUUGCUUUUAAAUUCUAGUACUCUCGAUCUAUUGAAUCAAAUACUUGUAUAUUAAAUAUUGAUAGCUUCUAUUUAUCUUGUUUGUUGUACAACAAACUAGAUUGUCUAAGAUGACCUUGUUUUUUUUUUUGGAUAAAUGCAAAUUGCACCAUUUAAG